AUGUAUUUUCUUCAAUCGUUCUAUAAAUCAUCACUGAAUGUUAAUCAGACAUGUUUUGAAAUAUUAACAAAAAUAGUUCAAUGUGAUAUUCUUGCUGGUCUUAAUGAUGCACAUGGAACAAAUCAUGUACUUUUAGCUUAUAUUCAUUAUCAAUGUAAAUUAUGUACACCAACUGAAACUGAUAUGACUGUUUUUUCAUUAAAAUCAGCUAGUCUUCGUCCCAGUUCAUUUUAUUUUCAACAUCGUGUAACACGUAGUAGAUUAAAUCCUGAUUUACCAAGCCCACCAUUAUCAUCGAAAGAUGAAAUGGCACUUGCAGUCAAUAGUAAUACUUCAUCCGAAAAACCGAUUGAUGAAACAUCUCAAGGUGUUGUCAAAGAUAGGUUAUUCUACAGAAAUCUUCCAACAACGAAAAGUAAACAAAUAAUUUAA